AUGUCAAGUUCUACAGCUAAUUCAAACAAUUUUGCCACUUUUUGCAAGGAAAAGGCUCACCAAAAGUCUCAAAACAUGCAACAAAACCAACGCGCGUAUUACUAUAAUAUGUGUGGACAGACCAGUGAAGAAACUGACGAUGAGGAUGACAUGAUUGUGGACCUGAGUUCAGGAUCUCUGACUGCGGUACCAUUAAAGAGCUGGACUCUUAUGACGGAAAUAACAGAACAAUUUGGUAAGUUAUAA